UACCAAUGCUGCAUGCGAAGGUGGAGUUUGGGAUAUCAGUUUCAUAGGUAAUCCCUAAUUUUAUAGUUUCUGGUAUGUUUCCUUCGUAGAAUUUUUAUAUUAAAUCUUCGUGCAAUACUUUUGCUUGGGACCUUGGUAUCGGUUUCCAUCACCACUUGUUAGCUCACCUGGGUUCCAGCGUGUUAAGACCCAGCUCGUUGCCAAUCUAUUGAUAUACGCAAUACAAUAGACAAAGCAAGGGAUAACCAAGUCAGACUUAUAUUUUGCUUUACGUAGCUAACGCGUGUAACCAGCUGUAUGGUUGCUGGUCACUCUGUCAGAACAGGGAGUAUGUGUAGAAUUCGGACCGGAGUUCUGUCUCGUCUCUUCAAGACAUUCGAUGGUUGCCGAAACUUAAGGUUUCUGUACUCACCGAGCUGUGGAAUGUGUGCCCCCCCGCUCGAAACAUCUCGAAAUCGACUGCUACUCUCACUGUGCUACUCGCCAUUUACUUAACUCGACCUCAGUAUGUAAGGCGGCAAAAUGGAUAUUACCUGGAAGUCCAUUGUCAUAUUCAUCCUAGCAUUCCUAGGGGCAAUAGUCGUCGCAGCGCUGAUCACUCGAUGGCUCGAUCUGCAUGGGAAGCUAGCUCGCCUAUGGACUAGGAACAGAAAACGCUCGAAACCUGGCUUGCCAGAUUCAAUUCGACAGGCGCUAAUACAGCUAGAGGGCGCAACUGAGAAGAGACAUGCUCGUAAUUCAUUGACAGAGCCGGAGGAUGCUGAAUGUCCAAUUUGCCUUGCGCACCUCUACUCUAACGACACUCGCCCAUCCACAUCAGCAACCGGCCACGAUACGGAUCUAGAGAUUGGAGACGGUAUAUCGAGAUCUGCCACGAUAAUCACAGUAGCUUCGGACGCAGCUGCAAAGAAAGAUCAGCCUACACAACCCAUCGAUGACGAAGUCUUGAAGAUGAAGAGGUGUAGACAUGUAUUCCACGCCAAGUGUCUAGCGACAUGGUUUCUGCGGAAAGAGUACAGGUGUCCGGUCUGCAGGGUUCCGUAUUACGAGGCGGAAGAGGAGACGAGGGAAGAAGACUAUCGUAUACCGGCUCUGCUACCUGCGGUAGUUUGGUAAUCAGUCUUAGUUGUAGUGGGAUAUCAUCACCCGUAACGCAUGAAGAGAAGGCAUAGGGUCAGGCACCUAUGCAGAAUAAAAUAGAGCGGUACAUUGGGUAUCGAAGAAGAAUGAGUUCCGUUGACAGAUAGGUACAUGACUAAUAAGCUGAGACCUAAUUGGGGCCAUGCUCAGUUAGGAAUAUACGAUGAUGACUACCUAUUGUUAUAGCAUUGUAUUCUUUGCGCGGUCAUGAUAAAUGUAGUUCAAC